AUGCUGCGCACCUUCAGUCGCCUUUUCAACUUCAACUUCGUACUUUAUAUUUUAUACUUCACUUCCUUGUUUAAUAUUCUUUCUUGGUCCUUGCACGGUGUCCAAGCUGCUCCUGUGUGUGUUUCAGUUGGCCUAGAAGAACGGGAAAUUGGGGCAUCUUCAAAGGCACCUGGGCUUAGCCCAGCUACCGUCGCUGGCCGAAAUUAUGCUUUCAAACAAUAUAACCUCCUGCACCAUGUAGCCAGAGACUCAGGGCUUGAUGACGAUAUCGUCUCAGCCUGUGACACAACAACGUCGGCGAUGCCAUUCCCGAGCGCUGGAGCUACGGCAACUCCAUCUAGUUCAUUGCCAUCGACAUUGGAUUCGAGCACCAUCUUGACACAGAUGUCUUCUGCGUCUUCCGUGAGCAUGCCCUGGACGAGCUCAAGCACUAUUUUGUCAUGUACGUCAGUGAUGUCCUCCAGCUCAUCUCAGUUGGAGGCUGGUGGGUCUUUUGUAGGGGGAACUAAUAGCCCUACAUCAUCACCUAUUCCCAUGGGGACGUCUCCAGUGACGCCCCCUAUAUCAUCGGUCACUGCCCCGUCUUCCCCUCCUACUGUUCCGUCAUCAGUGACAACGGCAGAAACCGGAUGUCCCCUAGACCCUCCUGCGCUCGAAGGGCCGUCUCCAUCGAGGCUUUCUGCAUCACAAGAAACAUCUUCAGUUACUACUCUAUCUUUGGCCCUUGGUGUCCCACCGUUGGUGACCACAGUGAUCAGUGAUUGUCCUCCAUCCUUACCCAUACCUGGGGGGCCUUCUCCUGUGACGCCCCCUACAUCAUCAAGCACACCGCCACCUACUAUUCCAUCUUUACCCCCUAUUGUUCCGCCAUCAGUGACACCGGUGGUAACUAGUCCUCCGAUUUUGCCCACGAUCGAGGGACUGCCUCCAGUGAUGUCCCCCGUAUCGUCGGAAACACCUAUAGUUACUUUCCCCCCUCCCAUAGUUACUUCUCUCCUACCUCCUGUUCCCCCUACUGUUACUUCCCCCCCGCUUCUUGUUCCUCCUGUUGUCACUCCCCUGCUACCUCCUGUUGUCACUUCCUCUCCAUUUCCCGUUGUUCCAGCAGCUUCAUCAGUGACAACAACCUCACAAAGUGCUGCUAGCCCGGAUACCGCGACGUCACCGGCAGGUCGUCCCACAUCCACAGUGACUGUGUCGGUCACGUCCGUUACGCCAGAACCAUCCCCCACAACCGUGUCUACCUCGCCAAAGCCUAAUGCGCAGUCAAAUUCAAGUUCGCAACAGGCAUCGUCGUCACCGAUAUCAUCGCCUUUGGCACAAAGCGACGCUGCGUCAUCGCCACAACUUGCAGGAUCUUUGAUUGCUAUCAUCACAGUGUUUUCAUUCCUUGGCACACUUUCGUUGAUCCUUGGAGUCAUUGUCUUCUUUCGCGCCAGACGUCAUCGUAUUGCCCAGACGCCACUCCUUGAAGAAGAGCGCCGACCCUCGCCACUGAACUUGUCUUCGAGGUUUUCUGUCACGACGACAGGAUCAAUGGAGUAA